AUGGAGCUGGAUGGCCCCGCUGACCGCAAGGCACGGCGAUGCGAUUGGCUCUGGCGGCACUUGUCGAGCACCAACGUGGCUUUGAGUACGGUGAGCCCUGGUGGCAUAAAGCUUGUUCGCAAGCAAAUGAUGUUUAAGUCCGGCCACGUUUUCCACGCUUGCAAGCGCCCGUGGAAGCGGGUGGCUUUCUUUCUCUGCUCUCAGUUGUCGCACAGCUUGAAGCGAUCGAAACGCAUCCACGCACGACAGCUGGACUUCUUCAAUAGCCGGAGUGGUGCCCGGCAUGUCCGUAUCGCUAAGAGGCUUCCGAGACACCACGAGGUCUGCGAGGCCAACAAGGUCAUGUUUAGGCGAGCGUAUGCCCUAGCAUCGACGCUCAGCAGGAUCAAUAUGCCUGCCCGCACGGCAGAGCGCAAGUGCUUCCCAGAUUGGCACUCGACUCCAAGUUAUUCCCGAUUGAGGAGCGCAGAGGAGAUUGUUGCUGAUGCAUAA